GCAGACGUUCUAAUCAUGUUAAGGGAGACAGUUCUAGUGUGCGCAAUUAUCGGUGCACUUAGUGCUCCCCAAUCGUCUUCGCCUUGCUCUUGUUCUGAUGAAACUGAGGAGUGGUGGAGGGACUCUUUCAUCUACCAAAUUUACCCACGAAGCUGGAAAGAUAGCGAUGGCGAUGGGAUCGGUGACUUGAACGGUAUCACAUCGAAGUUGAGUCAUCUAAAAGACUUGGGUGUGAGUGGAUUAUGGCUCUCACCGGUCUUUACGAGUCCCAUGGUAGACUUCGGGUACGACAUUGCAAACUUCACAGACAUAGACCCAAUUUACGGAAAUCUUGAUGGUCUGACGAAAUUGACUGCUAAGGCGCACUCACUAAAUCUCAAGGUUAUUCUCGAUUGGGUCCCGAACCACAGUUCAGACGAGCACCCAUGGUUUGCCAAAAGUAUCGAAGGUAUUAAACCCUAUGACGAAUAUUAUGUUUGGAAAGAUGCUUUGAUAGUUAAUGGCACAAGACAACCACCAAAUAAUUGGCUGAGUGUUUUCCUGGGAUCAGCUUGGGAGUGGAACGAACGCCGACAACAGUACUACCUUCAUCAAUUCGCUGUUCGUCAGCCAGACCUCAAUUACCGGAGUGCAGCACUUCGAAAGGAAAUGGAAGACGCAAUACUUUUUUGGGUAGCACGUGGAAUCGAUGGUUUCCGAAUUGACUCGUUGGCUUAUGUAUAUGAAGACGCCAAAUUCCGAGAUAAUCCAGUUGUGAAUUAUGGACUACCCGCUGAUGACCCUGAUAGGCUUGCUACCACCUACACAAAAGACCUGCCUGAGACGUAUGAUCUCUUGCAGACUUGGAGGGAUCUUCUAGAUGCUCAGGGAGGAUCAAAAAAAAUUUUAUUGACAGAAGUUUACACCACUCUGCCGUUGCAAAUAAAGUACUACCAUUAUGGUUCCAACGUACCCUUCAACUUCAUGUUCGUGGUUGGUUUGAAUAAUCAGUCGACAGCUCUUGACUUCAAGCGUAGUAUUGACGAAUGGACCAACAGCAUGCCCAAGGGUGACUACGUAGCCAAUUGGGUGGUGGACAACCACGACAACAAACGUACUUCAGCACGAUUCGGUAUUCAACGAGCGGAUCAGAUCGGAAUGUUGGCGUCGAUCCUACCAGGCAUUGGUGUUCUUUACAAUGGAGAUGAAAUCGGUAUGGAAGACACUCCCAUAUCCUGGAAGGAUACAGUGGACACACAAGGCUGCAGUGCUGGCCCUGAUCGUUAUGCGCAAUACAGUCGCGAUCCAGAGAGAACACCUUUCCAGUGGGACAAUUCAACAAGCGCUGGCUUCUCUACCUCCCCCACCACCUGGUUACCAGUGAAUUCCAACUACAAAACCGUGAACCUCGAAGCUGAAAAGCUAGAUCCUAGGUCUCAUUACUCGGUUUUCAAGAAGCUCGUCGCUGCUAAGAAGCUCCCAGCGAUCAGUAAAGGAUCCUCGGAAGUCAUUCUUGCGACAGAGAAUGUUCUAUCAGUUAUCCGCAGAUUGUCAGAUUCACCCCCGGUUGUGCUACUUAUUAAUUUUUUGAAUACUCCAGUAACCGUCGAUGCCGCUGCUUGGUUGAAUAUUCCUCAGACACUGAGAGUUUACACAUCGAGUGUUGGCUCGAGGAUCCCCACUGACGUUGAGUUGAACACGACGAAACUGACUCUCCCAGGAGCUGCUUCUGUUAUUCUCCAUUGACUCUCCAACAUUUGAGGCAACAAAUUAGAAAUUACUCCAGCUAGCGAUAUCGAUUGAAAUGUAAUGAAUGUAGUUUGCAUGUGAAUAAAUAAAUAGCUCCACCCU